GGCAGCACCCGGGCGCCCCCUGGGGGCGGCGGUGGCGGCUCGGCCGCGGCUGCGGCCGCAGCGGGCGGGACCGAGGUGCGCCCUCGCUCGGUGGAGGUGGGCCUGGAGGAGCGGCGGAGCAAGGGCCGCGCGGCGGACGAGCUGGAGGCCGGUGCCGGUGCCGUCGAGGGCGACGAAGGGUCAGGGGAUGGCAGCAGCUCGGCCGGCUCAGGCGCGGGGCCCGGCUCAGUGCUGUCGCUGGGCGCCUGCUGCCUGGCGCUGCUGCAGAUAUUCCGCUCCAAGAAGUUCCCGUCGGACAAACUGGAGCGGCUGUACCAGCGCUACUUCUUCCGUCUGAACCAGAGCAGCCUCACUAUGCUUAUGGCCGUGCUGGUGCUCGUGUGCCUCGUCAUGUUGGCCUUCCACGCGGCGCGGCCCCCGCUCCAGCUGCCCUACCUGGCAGUGCUGGCGGCCGCGGUGGGUGUCAUCCUUGUCAUGGCUGUGCUCUGUAACCGCGCCGCCUUCCACCAGGACCACAUGGGCCUGGCCUGCUACGCGCUCAUCGCCGUGGUGCUGGCUGUCCAGGUGGUGGGCCUGCUGCUGCCCCAGCCGCGCAGCGCCUCGGAGGGCAUCUGGUGGACCGUGUUCUUCAUCUACACCAUCUACACGUUGCUGCCUGUGCGCAUGCGGGCCGCGGUACUCAGUGGGGUGCUGCUGUCUGCCCUCCACCUGGCCAUCGCCCUGCGCACCAACGCCCAGGACCAGUUCCUGCUCAAGCAGGUAGGAGCCCACCUGGUCGCAGGGACUAGAUCGUGGGGUGGGCAGGCCUUGGCCUGACGCCAAAGAGAAGUA